AUGGCAAAGAUAAUCCUCUACGACUUCAUAGAGAGUAGAUGUGCAGCAGCAUCAAAAUACAAGAUGGAAAUACAAAUAGAAAAACUCACUAAGGAAGUGUCAGUUAGUGCACCAAAUGAUAUAGAAUAUAUAGCAAAAAGUUUAACGAUAAAAGAUCUAGAUAAGAUCACAAACUCAGAAUUAAUUGCAUACGGAAGAUUAUGUACAGCAUUAAGUGAAGCUGAAUGCAGAAGAAUAGAAGAAGGCCAAAUAGAAAACAAAGAAGAAAUUGAAAAGAGAAGUAAUAAAAUGGAAGGAAUUAUGAAAACAAAAGAAGAAGAAAACAUGCAAAUAGAAGAGUCAAAAAAAAGAAGACAAGAAGAAGAAUCGGAAAAAAAGAUAGAAUCGAAAGGAAGAAAUGUAAAAGAACCAAUACAACAAACUGAAAGUGUAAGAAAGGGAGACGAACAAGCAGAAAGUAUAAUAAUCUCAGGCCCAGGUGCAAACUCACAUGACUGGCUUAAAGAAAAAGGAAUUGAAGUGAAAAAAACUAAAAAAAAUAAAGAAGCACCAAUAGAAAGAAUUGCGAAAGAUGAGAUUAAAAGCAUUAGAAAAGAGAUACAAGAAAUUAAAAAAAGAGACUAA